AUGACCGAAACCAUCUCCGGCGCUCCGGCAACCGCUGCCCCCGAAAACACAUCCCGUUCAAGAGGCCCGCGCCGCGGAGGCCGAGGACGCGGCAACCGAUCGCAUCGUCGUCCGCAGAACCAGGCUCAGGCACAGAACUCGACGCAGAAUGCUGAGUCGACGAAUGACGCGCAACCGCCAGCUCAGCCAGUUCAGCAAACGCAUCAAACGCAACCCAAUGGCGACUCCACGCCGAAUCAACCUCAAGACGCAUCUCGCUCGCGAAGAGGCCCGCGCGGAGGGCGACGAGGAGGAGGUCGAGGUGGGACCACACCGGCCGAGACGAGUCGACGACCAGGACGAGGAAGGGGCGCGGAUCAAAUGGUAUCGAACACCGGCCGGCGAUUCGAGGGACGAUUGACGAAAUCUGAACGGACUCCCGAGGAUGACGGGCCGGACGGUGGCGAGGACUUGAAGGAUCUGGAGUUGAGGGCCGAUGCGCCUGUCUUCGUGCCCGGGGGACAAUCGAAUGGAAAUACAGUGGAAGGGGGGCAGCCGAAUUCUACAAACGCGGCUGGGAAAGGGAAGGGAAAAGCGAAGGCGAAGACCCCGCAACAACCUCGACCGCCGAAGGUUACUACGAAGUCAGUCGCCCCGGACAUCGCCACGCGGAUUCACGAGGAUAUUGCGCACAAUCUUUACGAGUGUCCUAUUUGUACGGCUGAGUUGGGCAAGAGGUCGCGUAUUUGGUCGUGUGACUUGUGCUGGACCGUUUUCCAUCUGAGUUGCGUCAAAAAGUGGUCGAAAAAUGAAGGAGCGGCUGCUCAGGACAACCGCCGUCAGGGUGACGGAGAGUCUAGUGCUCCGCGCGCCUGGCGUUGUCCUGGCUGCAAUCUUGCGAAAGAAGUGUUUCCCUCAACCUAUACUUGCUGGUGUGAGAAAGAUGUCGACCCGCGCCCACUUCCCGGCCUCCCUCCACAUUCGUGCGGGCAAACCUGUGCGCGGCCACGUAAAGGCUGCCCUCAUCCGUGUGACGCGACGUGUCAUGCUGGGCCUUGCGCCCCGUGUACCGCCAUGGGUCCCACUCAGGAUUGCUUCUGCGGCAGGAAUUCGUCCACCAAGCGUUGCCAGGACACCGACUACGAAAAUGGAUGGAGCUGCGGUGAGGUCUGUGGAGACUUGUUGCCCUGUGGGGAGCAUACUUGUUCUCGUCCGUGCCACGAGGGUCUUUGUGGCACUUGUGAAGUGAAGGUCGAGGCUCGUUGCUACUGUGGAAAGGUCGAGACAGAAAUGCUGUGCAGCUCCAGGGACGAGGAAAUGGACAGCGAAAAGAUACAGGAUGGGGCUGAUGGUCAAGUGGAGGAAUGGACCGGUUGUUUCAGCUGCCCCGAUCAGUGCAAUCGCCCCUUUGACUGUGGUGUUCACUUCUGCCAGAAGGGUUGCCACCCUCAAGACGUGCACCCGGCCCACUGCCCGAGAUCGCCCGACGUCGUACACCAUUGUCCCUGCGGAAAGACGCCCCUGGCCGAAAUCUCUGGAUAUCGGCCUCGGACGUCCUGCGAGGAUCCUAUCAUCAAUUGCCGAAAGGCUUGUGGUAAGAUGCUCCCGUGCGGACAUGGCUGCGACAAGAUCUGUCACACAGGGCCCUGCGGAUCCUGCAUGCGCAGCGUUCCUAUACAGUGCCGGUGCGGACGUAACUCGUUCAUGACCGUCUGUCACCAGGGCACAAUCGAGCCGCCGCAAUGUUUCCGAACCUGCAAGACCGGACUGCACUGCGGACGUCAUGCAUGUGCUGAUAGAUGCUGUCCUGGGGAGCAAAAGGCAGUGGAGCGCCAGGCUUUGCGGCGGAAGCUCAAAUCCCAUCUCCGCCCGAGUGAUGAAGAUGUGGAGGCCGAACAUAUUUGCACUCGUAUCUGCGGUCGUUUGUUGAAAUGUGGACGGCACACUUGCCCUGAGAUUUGCCAUAAGGGGCCAUGCAAUACUUGCAGGGAGGCGAUUUUCGAGGAGAUCUCGUGUAACUGCGGUCGAUCUGUCUUGCAUCCGCCUCUGCCUUGCGGCACGCAGCCACCACCCUGCUCGGCCCCUUGUGAGCGUCCCAAGCCCUGUGGUCAUCCCCAAACACCUCACAACUGCCAUACGGACGACGAUGCCUGUCCCAAGUGCCCCUUUCUUACGGAGAAGGUGUGUCUUUGUGGCAAACAGGUGUUGAAGAAUCAACCCUGCUGGCUAUCUGACGCACGAUGUGGCCGAAUUUGCGGCGAAACGCUCAAAUGCGGCUCGCAUUCGUGCAAAAAGAACUGUCAUCGACCAGGCGACUGCGAGGACUCUUUGAAGCCCUGCCAACAGCCUUGUGGGAAGACGAAAACAUUGUGUGGUCAUCCAUGCAAGGAUCCUUGCCACGCCCCAUACCCAUGCCCCGAGAAGACGCCUUGCUCGUCCACGGUCACGGUAACAUGUGGCUGUGGACGCCUUCGACAGGAGAGACGCUGUAAUGCAGUAAAAGCAGUGGCCUCGAAGGGACAGCUGCAGCAACAGCAGAGACUACCGGCAUUGACUCCAUUGACGUGUGACGACGAAUGCUCCCGACUCGAGCGGAAUCGAUCUCUGGCAUCGGCGUUGGGCGUCGAUAUCAACCAAACGACCACAGUAGCGCAGAACUUGACUUCCACGAACCUUCCGUAUUCAUCCGAAACGCUUGACAUGUACCUGCAGCUCUCGUCCUCAUCCCCUCUAUCAACUCUCCAGACCUACGAAGCGACACUCCAGUCCCUCGCGAUUGGCACCACGCAACGGUCUGUCCGCUUCCAACCUGCCAAGUCCUCGCUUCGGGCCUUCAUUCAUUCCCUAGCCACCGACUGGGGCUUUGCCAGCGAGAGCUUCGAUCCUGAACCCCACCGGCACGUGUUCGUUCUCAAACCCACGACCUGGACGCCCCCUCCUUUCGGCAUGGGCCAAGACACGGCGAUCGGAAUCGGCGGCAUGAGCGUCGGCGAAUGCGUCAAGCUACGCGAACGUCAACGUCUCAAGGAGCGUGAAGCCCAGCGCCAGGUCGCAGCCGAGGCCAAAGCCCAGCGCGAAGCAGCCAAGGCGCAGGCGAGCGCGACGGGCGAAGGUGGCUGGGCCCAGGUUGCUGCGUCCCGGCGCAGCAAUAACGGUAUGAGCGGUGUGAGGAGCGUCACGCCCGCGGCGCAAGGCUCGAGUCGCUCCGGCCUGACGAUGUACGCUGCUCUCGCUGGUGACGAUGGCAGUGGCUCCUGGAGAACCGGGGCUGCUGCUCCCAAGAAGGAAAAACUUGUCCUUCGGUCGGGCGUGGGCGCCGGAAAACAGCUGCGGACUCAACCCGCUCCUCCCGCAGAGGUCGCCGACAGUUGGGAGGAGGAAGAAGAGAAGGAGGAACAGGAGGAACGUGCUCGUGAGGCGGAUGAGGUCCCGGAUCCAGAACAAGUCGCGGAAAAGGAUGAUCAGCAAGAGCUCGAGUCCGUUCAUGAGCCCGCACAGGACUACGAACAGACCGCAGAGCAAGAGCAAAGUCAGAUUCCUGACUUACAGAAUGAUCCCGCCCAGGGAGUCGAAAACAAACAACCAGAGGUCCUUGAAGCACGUCCACAAGAACCCUCCCACGAGCCCGAAGCGGUCAAUGAAACUCCCAUUGCCACUUCUUCUUCGACAUAG